CUCCAUUCGCAAUGCAGCCGGUCAUAGCGUGCGCUUCAUUCGCGUUAUUUGUUUUACGCGUUGUUGAUUGCGUGUGGAUCGAUAAAAAUGGCGCGUUUAUUAAAGAUCAUCGCACAGCUUUCUUCGGUGCUUACUCCAGCCAGUUUUAUCCAAGGUACCCGCUGUACAUGAUGCAGUUAUACAGAGACUUCAGCGGGAAUAAGAUGCUGACUACUCCUGCUAGUGUUGACAACCCGGCUCUCCAUCAGUCUGACUUCGUCCUGAGCUUGAUUGCACAAGACUGUCAUCAAACUGAAGAGCGAUGGACCGUCUCCUUUGACAUGUCUUCCCUGUCAGCGAGUGACAACAUCCAGCUCUCGGAGCUUCGCAUUCGGCUGCCGGCGUUUUCUGCAUCCAGACGCGUGACUGUAGACAUCUUCCAUCAGCAUAAACAGCAUUGUGCAUCUGACUCCGUGUUUUGUCGCAACAAAAAACUGUUUCUGGGCAGCGUUAAAUCAGUAGACGUCUCCCAAUCAUCAUCAUCCUGGAGAGUUUUUAACAUUACAGAACUCCUACAGCAAUGGCUGAUUCAGGGAAUGGAUACACCAGACCGGGUCACGGCACCAGAUUAUGACCAGGGCAGUGGAAGUGGAAGCGGAGACGACUUUAUUGAAUCUCUCACAAGCAGCUGGCCAAGAAAAAUCCAGCAUCCCACAGCAGAACGAGUCAUGAUUGUAGUUUUCUACAAAGAAACUGUGACCCACAGCGCUUCCAGCUUGAUGAAUACAGUGGCGCAGUCCAAAUACGUCACGCUGAACCGACCAGCAGAUGGAACUCAGGGUCGGAGACACAAACGAAACCGUGUGGAAAGGAUGCGCAUGACUGAUGACAGAAAUGUGACAGGAAAGCCAACACCUUCAGAGGAACAGCAAGCUUCACUUUGCCGGCGGGUUGAUAUGUGGGUGGAUUUUGAUCAGAUUGGGUGGGAUGAGUGGAUCGUGCAUCCCAAGCGCUAUAAUGCAUACAGAUGCGAAGGGGAAUGUCCGAGUCCUCUGGAUGAGACUUACAACCCAACAAACCACGCUUACAUGCAGAGUCUGUUGAAGCUCUACCAACCUGAGCGGGUCAGCUGUCCGUCCUGCGUGCCGCUGCGCCUCAGUUCGCUCUCCAUGCUUUACUAUGAAGGGGAUGGAGUGGUGAUGAGACACCACGAGGACAUGAUCGUGGAGGAGUGCGGCUGUCAUUGAUGA